AAGGGGCUGUGUUUGCAGACACCUGGAGGCAAAGAAAAAGAGCAGAAAACAAUCUCCCCUCUGUACAGGAGACGACAUCAUGCAAAAACCCUGCAAAGAAAAUGAAGGAAAGCCCAAAUGCGUCGUGCCAAAAAGGGAAGAUGAUCGUCCUUAUGCAGAAUUUGAACGCCAGCAAAUGGAAGGGAAUUUUAGGCAGAGGCUGCUUCAGUCUCUCGAAGAAUUUAAAGAGGACAUAGACUAUAGGCAUCUUAAGGAUGAGGAAAUGGCAGGAGAGGGAGAUGAGAUGGAAAGGUGCUUAGAGGAGAUAAGAGGUCUGAGAAAAAAAUUUCGGGCUCUGCAUUCUAACCACAGGCAUUCUCGGGACCGUCCUUUUCCCAUUUAACGCAUCUCUCACUAAAUCAUUUAUUUUCUGUUAUUAAUAUUGCUUCUGCUUUCUUUGCACCUUCACUUUCUUGCUAAAUAUUUGCUAUCAUUAUACUCCAAUUCUUGAAUGGUUACAUCUGCACACAACUUUUAUUGCUAACAUCUCAUCUUUUAAUUCACUCUCAUUCAUUUAUAUGAAAAUAUGCCCAUCUCAUCAUGUAUUGUAAAGUAAAAAGAACAAGUUACCAAUGUAUAUACCUUAUAUGUACAUUUAUAUAUAGCAUCAUGUAACAUGACAUGUCUGAAUUAUUGUACACCAAAGGUGAACAAGGAAACUC